AUGGAAGAAGUCAAAAAACCGUCUGAAGAAAACCAAAACUUACCCAAAGCAGACCAAGCCCCUGCCAAUGAAAUCGAGGCAGAGGAGUCAGCCCAAGAAGAGGUCCCUAAAAUCCCACUUGACUAUUUCUACUCUUCAACCCAUUCAGAAAAAAUUCUUCCUGACUCUUCAAUAUCCUCAAAGCUUUCCAAAUUCCAUUGGUGUGCUGGCUUUGACGCUGACAAAAGGAACAACUUCCACAUCCUGUCAGCCAAUGAAGUAAUUUUUGCGAUUGGGACAACUUAUCAUAUCUAUAAUGUGGCGACCCAGGAAAGACAAAUUUUCUUUAGCAAAGAUGGAGGAGGAAUUGGCGCCAUCACAGUUCAUCCUCAGAGGAAAUAUUUUGCUAUUGGCGAAAAAGGAGAUUGGCCAAAUAUUUAUAUCAAAAUUUAUAUUAAAUGAUUUUUUAUUUUUUUUUUAAAAUUAUAUUCAAGCCAAGGCGUAGCCUUGGCAUUAUUCAGAAAAAUCAAUCCUUAUGGUAUAUAUAUUAUUUUUUAUGAAUUUGCAAUAAUAAUUUUUUAUAUAAAUUUAUAUACAAUUCUUAUAAAAUAGUAUAUAUGAAUUCCCUUCUUUAAAGCUCUAUAGAAUCCUUCGAAAAGGCACUGAAACUGCUUAUAGCUCCCUCGCCUGGAGUGGAAGUGGAAAAAUGCUUGCAAGCGUCGGAAGUGUCACAGACUACAUGCUAACAGUCUGGGACUGGCUCCAAGAGCGAGUCAUCCUAAAAAGCAAAGCUUUUGGUCAAGAAAUUUACAGAGUCACUUUUUCUCCCAAAUACGAAGAAGAAAUCAUCACCAGCGGAACUGCCCACAUCAGAUUCUGGAAAAUGGCCAAAACCUUCACCGGUCUCAAGCUCCAAGGAGACCUUGGAAAAUUCGGCCAAGUCGAGCUCAGCGAUAUCAAUGGUUUUGUCGAGCUUCCUGACGGCAAGGUUUUAUCUGGCAGUGAAUAUGGAAAUUUAAUAUUAUGGGAAGGUACCCUCAUUAAAGCUCUUUUUAUGCUUAACGAUAAAAAGCCUUGCCACAAUGGCGCAAUAGAAUGUGUGAUAAUAGAAGGUGACGAAGUUAUGACUGCAGGCACUGAUGGGUAUAUAAAAUGGUGGGACUUGAACAAAGUAAUGUCAGCUGACCCUGAAGAAGGCUAUGAGUUUUCUAUAUCAAGUAAACAUCAGGUGUUAAUCGGAGACGCCGCUCAAAUCAUGAAUUUAAUCAAAGGAGACAACUGCUGGUUUGUGGUAGACCGCAAAGGAAAAAUUAUAAAAAUUUCUGAUGAUUUUAUUGAUCAGCAGACCAUUAUGGAAUUUCAUGCAGGAAAAAUCACUGAUUUAGCUAUAUCUGAAGACCAUAAUAUUGCAGUUACUAUAGGUGAGGACUCCACUACAAGAGCUUGGGAUUUUGUGAACCAAAAAGAAUUAUUUUGCUCAAAAUGGCUUGGAAAAGGACAGUCUUUGGCUUGGUCGCCACAUACACCUAUUAAUCAAGGGAAAAUGAUUUUAACUGGUUUUGAUAAUGGGAUUAUAAGGCUCAGCUUUUUGGAUUCUGAUAAGUUUAGCUUAUUAGGAGCUUGGAAACCUCAUGACGCAGCUGUUAUUUUUAUGAAAUAUUCCCCAGACGGAAGCCAUUUAGUUACUGUGGGGGCAGAUAAUACAAUUUUUUUCUUUGACGUCCAGGAAAAUGGGAAUUUAGACCCUGUUUGUAUUACCCCAUUGCCAAGCCAAAUAAAAGAUAUAGAUUGGCAUGUGUCGUCUGAUAGGAUUUUGCUAGGGAUGCAAUCAGGAGAAAUUUUUGAAAUUAAUAGACCUGAUAAAAUAACCCUGGACACUUUGCAUUCUUAUGAGGUAGAGCUGCCAAGGAAAAGCUGGAAAAUUAAAAUGAUGGAGUUUCAAAAGAAAAAGCCAACUGAAGAAGAAGAAUUUUUAAUGCCGCCAAAAAGACCAGGCGAGCAAAAAGUUGACGAUGAAUGGCCACCAGCCCCUAUUUUGUCUGCUAAAUACUUCCCACUCAACCCUGACCAAUUUAUCCUCUCAGCAGAUGCUCCAUAUAACGGCUUCUUCUAUGUCUGUGAAUUCAGCUCAGAUCGUCCUAAUUUUGCAAUCCCUACCUCCCCAUCUUUAAACCAAAGCAUCAGCUUUUCCAAGCAUUUUAUCGCUUCUUCUUAUGCAGAUGGUACUUAUGAGCUCCACAGCUUAAAAAAUACUGACCGUUUCUUAUCAACCCGUCCUCAUGAUAUAAAAUCCAAGGUAAAAAAAGUACAAUUAAACCAUAAUGAAACUUAUGCGACCACAAUUUCAGAAGAUGGGACUAUGUUUAUAUCUGAGCUUUACCCUGAAGAAAUUUUGGAUGCUGCCAAAAAUGGACAAUUUAUGCCACCUAGCAGUGAGCCUAAACAUGAGCUGGGAGCUGGAUCAUUAAGGCUAGAAGAGCAGCCACAAAAUUUACAAAAAAUUUCUGAUGAAAUUGAGGACCCGACUGUGUAUUCUUUGCUUAAUAAUAAAAUGCUACGUAUGGAAUUAGUUUCUCCGAGAGCUAUUCUUCCUUUACCGAUUUUAUUAUUAUAGGUUUGCUUUUCUGCUUGACACACUCGAGGAGGGUGACCCUUAGGCAGGGCAUGUGCUAAAGCUGAAUUAUCAGUAAGGUAAACUAACCAGUGUAAGCUUUCUGGACCUUUUUGGGUCGUCCUCUGGAAUGCUUGCCUGGAGCAAGGGCUAUCAAGGUUACCAACUGGGUUUUUAAAAGGGAAUCUCUCCCAUCCCUGUAGAAGAAGGUAUCACUUUAAUAGCCUAAUUAAUCGUAAUCAUAAUCAUAUAUUCUUUGCAAAUGGACAAGUUGAAAACUGACGAAGACAAAAAAAGGACCCUUGCUGAGAUGAAAAAGGACAGGAAAAGGCAAGACAUAGCAGCACUUCGAGAAAUUUUUGAAUCAUUGCAAAAAGAAAACGCAGCACUAGAGGAGAAAUAUCGGCUGUCUGAAGAAGAGCUGAGGGUAGAUCCUGAGUACUAUGAGAUGCUGAAUGGGAGAAAUAAAGAACUAUUGGACGAAGUCCAAAAAGAAAACGCCUGGGGUAGCGAAUAUUCAAGGCUUUCAGUCGAAAAAUACAAGCAAUAUUUCUUAGAUAACGUAUCAAUUGAAAGAUUCCAAGUCCGAGCCUUAAACUCUGAAGAAUUCGUCACUUCUUUCCGCGUCAACAAGCCAUCCGACUUUUUAGUCUCCAAUCUUACCCAAAUCCAAGCAUUUCUUGAAGAAGAAGGCCGCUAUAAACAAGGAAGCAUCAUUUCAGAUGCAGAAAGCGCCAUGUCUCCAGGCAAAUUUUCUCAGCACCCUAUAGAGCAAAGCGAGAGGCUAGAAGAGACCAAAACUGAGUUCAGGAUUUCUUCACAAAUAGUAGCUGGGAAAAUUGAAGGAAAAAAGAAGUCUAAAGCACAAGAAGACAGAGAAAAAAGGACAAAGCUCAGGGAGGAAAGAAAAACUAAAAUUGACGCAAAAAGAAAGCAGGAGCCUAGUGAUAAAGCUAUUGACCCAAUGGACCAAAGAGAUAUAGAAACAGCGAAAGCAACGAUGGGAGAUUUUAAGCUAAAAACAAGCCCUGACUAUGUAGUGCCCAAAAAUCUGUGUGUAAAUGCAUCACAAAAGCGCAGGCAGAUGUUUUUACUUAUGGAAAGUGCUCAUAACUUGAAAAUGGAGCUAAAUAGCAGACUUUUGGCACUGAGAGAAAAUAAAGUGAGGCUGAUUGACUGGAUUAAAGAGCAGUACCAAAGGAUUUCUGAUAUAAAUCAUGAGCUAGGUAUAGAAGAAGAGCUUGUGGAGCCAACUUUUAAAGAUGAGGAAUGGCCUGAGCAUUAUUAUUUGAUUUCGAGUGACGAUCUAACUGAAUUUGCGAAAUCCAAAACUAUAAAGCCAGUUUUGUCAUCGCCUAAAAAAGUUGAAGAAGUCGCUGCUUUAACUUCACCUCGUGACUCACGAAAGAAAAAAAAUAAAGGCUUGACUGAAGCUGAAAAAAUGUUUAAAGCUCAUAAAGACUUAAAGCUGCUGAAUGAGAAAAAAAGGCUUGAUGGAGAAAUUAAAAAAAGAAUUAUCCAUUUUAAUGAAGCACUAAAGCAGCAGCAAGAACAAAAAUAUUACUUAAUUCUUCUAUAAAAAAAUAUUAAAAAUGCAAUUUUUAUUGCAAAAAAUGUUUUUUUAUAACAAAAAAUUUAUUUGUUUUAAAAAAUAUUUCUAUAAAAGAGAUAGAAAGUGACUUAAAACAAAUUGAUAUGAAGCUGAUUACUUAUUAUUUAGAAUUAAACCUACUCGAUGAAAUGGAACCAGAUGACCAAAGACUCUCCGCAAAAAUAGAAAAACUCAACGAAGACAAGCAAGCUCUUUUAUCAGAAAUCGCAGAAAUCAACCGUCAAUAUGAAAUCCAUCAAAAAGACCAAGAAGAAAUUACCCAAAAGCACAAAGAAAUUUACGCAACUUUUAACUCCAUGGUAGAAGGCAGUGCAUUUGCCAAAGAACUUCAAGCUGUUCUCGACCGAAAUAUCAAGCGAAAAAAGAAGAAAAAACGAAAAGAAAGCGAAGAGGAAGAAGAGGAGGAAGAGGAAGAAGAAGAAUUAUCCUGAUUCCUAUACCCUCAUUUUUUAUUAAAUAUAAAUAUUUUUUUUAAAUUUAAUACAGCCAGCCAUAAGUGACAUAAGUUCAGACGAGUCUGAUGAAGACGAAGACCAAAAUUUAGAUUUGUGCCCUAAUGAUUGUGAUAUGAAUUUAUUCGAAGAGGUCGUCCAGCUAAGAGAAUCAAGGCUUGAUUUGGUAGAAAGUUCUAAUGCAAAAAAACAAAUUAUUAAUGAAUUGAAGAAAAAACAAGAAGAUGUGGAAAAGAAAGAAAGGCAGAUUUCUCAAGCAAUACAUAAGACUGAGACUGAAAUUCAAGAAUUCCAAAGAGAUAAAAUGCAGAAAUUAAACCAGCUGCUGGUGUCAAUUAUUCUUUCACAAGACCAAAUACAGAUCAUUCAAGAUGAAGCACUGCCUAAACAUUUAGAAGAUGGGGAGAAUUUUAUGUGUUUUUAUUUUUUAAGGUAUAUAUUUUUUAUUAUAUAAAAAUUUAUAAGUUCCCCAGAUUAGGUUAGAUUAAGAUAAAUUAUAAAGGUCUCUGAGGAUUAUUUCAACUCCUCUUCGUCCAAAUGCCGGCUUCAGGCUUAAGAGGUCCUAAUUGCCUAUUGUAAAUCACGCCCUUUUAUGAAGACAUCACCAGAAAUAAUGACUUCAGCAGUCUCUUGAAGAAACUAAUCCGGCCAUGUUUGGGUCAAAUCCUACAAUAAAGGACUCUCUUAACGCCUAUUAUUGUUUUGGGUACAAAGGAAGCGCCAUAUGUCUCCUUCUAGACUAUCUUGCUCAAAUAGGCAUAUAUUGCUUCCCAGUAGUAUGAAUGACUUUGCGCCUUCAAUCUUUCGUCUGUUGGACAGGAAAAAUCCUGUCAUGGAUUCCGUAUUCCCAAUCACAUAAAAUCUUCCUCUAGCUUCCUAAAAGUAUCGAAUCCACUAGGAAUCAGCUCUCCAGUCACCCUAGACCUUACCUCAAUCUCCAUCUUUUUCAAAACUAAAUUCCCAGAAGAUGCUGUUUUAUUCACAAACGAAGAAUUUAACAAGCUUAGGAACAGAAUCGUAGAGCUUAUCAGAGAAAAAAGUGACGAAAUACUCCGAAAAGAAGACCUGCAAAAAGAUAUGAAACAGUUAGAAAAGAAAUGCAAGACAAGGGAAAAGAAAAAAGAAGAAGCCAAGAAAAAAUAUGAAGCAAUUCAAGCUUUAAGAUUUGGCCAUGCCAUCAAGCUUGAUAACUUAAAAUAUGCAGAACCUAGUGAGCAGCUAGCAAAGCUUAAGUCAGACUUUAAUAAAGCAGAAAGAGAUGCAUCUAAAAGGAUUGAAGAAGCUAAAGAAGAGCUUUCAAGUGCAAGAGAAAGCUUAAGAUUUGCUACUAGCUUUCCUAUUUUAUAGGAAAAAUCAAUAUAAUAGGAUUUAAUUUAAUAAAAUAUAUAGUAAUUAUAUUGGAGUAAGAGAAAUACAGAUUUAUUGCAGCUUAGGCAUGAUAGACUUGAAAGCAUUAUGAAGAAAAAUAAACAGCUGGAUUUAGGAAAUAAAGAAAUUUUCAAGGAAGAAGAAGAAAAUAAGCAGGAUGAUAUUAAUCAAGAGCAACAGAGGCUGAAAGAAAUCAUUGAAUUGCAAAGGCAGAAGAUAGCAGAGCUGAAAACAGAAAUCAAUUUGUUUAGGAGAAAAGGAGGGCAUAUCUAUACAAAGAUUACAGCUAAUAGAAGAGCUAAUAUGUCUUAA